CGUACUAGUGCAGCACGAGCCGAGCGAGAGGAAAAGACAGACGGUUCACACGCAGCAGCCAAAGCUGAUCAAUUCGCUCAGGGAAUAAAUAUCUACAAAUCGCGCGGCUCUUUCUUCAUAUAAAAGGAAUACCACUUGAUCGUGGACGCAUGUGAGCGCGCACAUGCUUAUUUGGGACUUACAUACCAUGGUUCUUCUGACACAAGUGCGGCUGUCUGUGCUUGUGCUCCUCUGACCAUAGAGAGGGUCUUUGGAUCUUCUCGAGAAGGCUGCUAGUUCUUGUUAUUUCUUAUUUUCUUCCAUUGACGAUAAACGAAACAUUUCUGGAAAUAUUCUCCGGAUGGUGACCCCGGACUGGACUACCUGUUUUCAGCUGCUCCGCUCCAUGCGAGGGAAAGGGACUGGGAGACUUGAGCGCAUUGCAUUCUUUCUGGUUUAACCAGGCACGUUGGAGCUCACAUAAAAGGGACACAGGGCUCAUAGAUUUACACAUUUUACGAAAAGGAGAGGUCUUUCCACUAAACACUUAUCCGUACGCCUUUUGGUGCAUGGGAGGUAUAUAGUUCCAGUGGGUUUUGACACCGCUGGGACCAGGACUUGGACUGGGACGGGUCUGGGUGCGUGGAGCGUCGGAUCACCCAGGAUUGUAUUCCCUCCUCUCUCUCGUGGGUUUAUUUACAUGUCCGACCUGAACCCUUUAUGACAAUGGAUUACUUUCUGCUUUUAUGCAGCCUCUUGCUGCCUGUGGUGUCCGCCGUUGAAGAGACGCUCAUGGACACGAAGUGGGCCACGACAGAAUUAGCCUGGACUGCACACCCUGAGACCGGGUGGGAAGAGGUGAGUGGCUACGAUGACGCCAUGAACCCCAUCCGGACUUACCAAGUCUGCAAUGUACGUGAGCUGAACCAGAAUAACUGGCUACGCAGUGACUUCAUCCCACGAAAGGAUGUACUACGUGUGUAUGUGGAGAUGAAAUUCACAGUACGUGAUUGCAACAGCAUUCCAAACAUCCCAGGUUCCUGCAAAGAGACCUUCAAUCUGUUCUACUAUGAGUCGGACUCAGAUUCAGCCACAGCCACCAGUCCAUUCUGGAUGGAGAACCCUUAUGUGAAGGUGGACACUAUUGCCCCCGAUGAGAGCUUUUCCAUGCUCGAGUCUGGAAGGGUAAACACAAAAGUCAGAAGUUUUGGGCCGUUGUCCAAAGCUGGUUUCUACUUGGCCUUCCAGGACCUUGGUGCUUGCAUGUCCCUUAUCUCAGUGAGAGUCUUUUAUAAGAAGUGCUCUACCACCAUUGCCAACUUUGCUGUUUUCCCAGAGACAGCAACUGGGGCUGAGGCAACGUCCUUGGUUAUAGCACCUGGAACUUGUGUCCCCAAUGCUGUGGAGGUGUCAGUUCCACUGAAGCUUUAUUGCAACGGAGAUGGCGAGUGGAUGGUUCCCGUAGGAGCCUGCACAUGCUCAGCGGGUUUUGAACCAGCCAUGAAAGAUACCCAAUGUCAAGCUUGCAGCCCUGGAACCUUCAAGUCCAAACAGGGAGAUAGCUUCUGCUUACCAUGUCCAGCAAACAGCCGUGCCAGCUCAGGGGCAUCUAGCGUCUGCUCCUGUCGAAAUGGUUACUACCGCUCGGACACUGAUUCUCCAGACUCUCCAUGCACUACCGUUCCCUCCGCACCGCGCAGUGUCAUCUCCAGCGUGAAUGAAACCUCUCUCGUACUGGAAUGGAGCGACCCGCGUGACUUGGGCGGCCGUGAAGACAUCUUCUACAAUGUCAUCUGUAAGAAGUGCCUGCCCGAGCGGGGGAUGUGCUCACGGUGCGAUGACAAUGUGGACAUCUCGCCACGCCACCUGGGCCUGACCCAGCGCAGAGUGGCCGUCCGUAACCUACAAGCCCACACGCAGUACAGCUUUGAGAUUCAAGCAGUCAACGGCGUCUCCAACAAGAGCCCUUACACACCCCAGUUCUCGACUGUGAACAUCACCACAAAUCAGGCUGCUCCAUCUGCAGUGCCCACAGUUCACCUGAUGGCAGCCACAGCAAGCACCAUGAGCCUGUCCUGGCUGCCCCCAGAGAAACCCAACGGAAUCAUUCUGGAUUAUGAGAUUAAGUACCAUGAGAAGGUAAGCGGCAAUGAUCAGGGUGAGGCCAUCGCUCAUACCAUGACUGCCCAACGGAGCAAUGCCCGCAUUGAGGGUCUCAAGGCUGGAACACCUUAUGUGGUGCAAGUCCGGGCUAGAACAGUGGCUGGUUAUGGCCGUUACAGCAGCCCAGCAGACUUCAGCACCAACCUGCAAACUGAUCCUCCAAAGCCAUGGCAGGAGCAGCUACCACUUAUCGUUGGAUCGGCCACCACCAUCUUAGUAUUCAUCAUUGCAGUUGUGGUCAUCGCUAUUGUCUGCCUCAGAAAGCAGAGAAACGGUUCAGAGUCUGAGUACACAGAGAAACUGCAGCAGUACAAAUCCCCUAUAGUAACGCCGGGAAUGAAGGUCUACAUUGACCCCUUCACCUACGAGGACCCCAAUGAGGCGGUGCGCGAGUUCGCCAAGGAGAUAGACGUUUCCUGCGUGAAGAUCGAGGAGGUCAUUGGCGCAGGUAACCCACCAAAGCUCCUGAGCUACAGGGGGAAGGCUGCUAGUCACCUCCAGGCCAUACCGUUAGAGGACUUCACACCAAGCGGAGAGUUUGGCGAGGUGUGCCGCGGUCGCCUAAAGCUGCCUGGGCGCCGAGAGAUCAUCGUUGCUAUCAAGACUCUCAAGGUGGGCUACACUGACCGGCAGAGGCGAGACUUCCUGUCUGAGGCUUCCAUCAUGGGCCAGUUUGAUCACCCCAACAUCAUCCGUCUGGAAGGUGUGGUCACCAAGAGUCGGCCGGUGAUGAUUGUGACUGAGUUCAUGGAGAAUGGAGCGCUGGACUCUUUCUUAAGGCUCAAUGACGGGCAGUUCACAGUGAUCCAGCUGGUUGGCAUGUUGCGUGGUAUCGCAGCAGGCAUGAAGUAUCUGUCAGACAUGAACUACGUGCACAGAGACUUGGCUGCCCGAAACAUCUUAGUCAACAGUAAUCUGGUGUGUAAGGUGUCUGACUUCGGCCUGUCGCGUUUCCUCGAGGAUGACGCAACAGACCCCACUUACACCAGCUCCCUGGGAGGAAAGAUCCCCAUUCGCUGGACGGCUCCCGAGGCGAUUGCCUACAGGAAGUUCACCUCAGCCAGCGACGUGUGGAGCUACGGCAUUGUCAUGUGGGAAGUAAUGUCGUACGGCGAGCGGCCGUACUGGGACAUGAGCAAUCAAGAUGUUAUAAAUGCUGUGGAGCAGGACUAUCGACUGCCCCCACCCAUGGACUGCCCAACGGCCCUGCAUCAGCUCAUGUUGGACUGCUGGGUGAAAGAGAGGAACCUGCGACCCAAAUUCACCCAGAUUGUGGCCACGCUGGAUAAGCUUAUUCGUAAUGCUGCCAGCCUCAAGGUGGUCACCAACAGCGCACAGUCCACUGGGGUAUCCCAGCCCUUGCUUGACCGCUGUGUGCCAGACUAUACCACUUUCACCACUGUGGGGGACUGGCUGGAUGCCAUCAAGAUGAGCCGCUACCGUGACAACUUCGUCAACGCUGGAUUUGCUUCCUUUGACCUGGUGGCCCAGAUGACGGCAGAGGACUUGCUGCGGAUAGGGGUGACGCUGGCCGGCCAUCAGAAGAAGAUUCUUGGUAGCAUUCAGGACAUGAGACUACAGAUGAACCAAACACUUCCUGUCCAGGUGUGAGCGGCUGGACACACACACUGAUGCAGUUGAAAAAAGGACAGCCAGACAGGAAAAAAAGGGGGGGAGAGGAACAGUGCAAGAGAGAGCCAUUGGAAAACCCUAGCUGCCUGACCCCCAACUCUGCCAAUUAGACGCUUCGAAACUGGCUUGCAGUGCCUCUGACUUGUAUUUUUCUUUAUGUCACUACCACUUCCAUUUUUCCUCUGCUUUUUUUUUUUAUAAUUCAGCAUUGUUUCUUUUACCAUCCAAUCAGAUUUUGUGUGUUUUUGAAAGAAGAAGAAGAAGAAGAGGAGUUAACCCCCCCUUUAUAUCCCAUGCGUGCCUCACCAGCUCUGGUGUGGGUUGACGUUUGCAUGCAUGUGUGUUUUUAGUGAGGUUGGCCUUAGCCCUGUAACUGAAGUGACACACUUCUAUCCUCGUGCUAGAGUCCCUCCCCUACACCUCUCUACCCAGCUUUGAUGGACAAAGUCAAGAAUAGACAUCCUGCUGUGAAAAAGUGGAUAAACAAAAAAAAAAAAAAAAGGACGGUGUCUUGGACCCACAGGAAAAAAGAGGACGAUUCUUUCCCUGAUAUCUUACUGUGCACACGUGUGUCGUUCUCCAUCUUCAUAUUGAAGGUGUGUUAUCUUUAAGGGCACUUGCUGGAGAAAGGGGGAGGCGGUGGAGGAGGAAAAAUGAUCAUCAGGAGGGUGACAGAGGUCAGAAAGGUCAAAAGAGGGCAGCCACAUUUUUGGACACUUGUUUUGUGCUGCAGAGUCCUCAAAAGGUCACCAGACCUCUUCACCCUGACCUGACCAAGGAUCGUUUCACAGCUUGGGUUCACCUGCUCAUCAACUGUGUGUUACACAUAAAAAAAAAAAAAAAAGUUUGAUUUCUGUUUGUCCACACAGCAUUUUUUUCCCCCUUCAUUUUUAAGCUUUUCUUACACAUAUUUGGGAGAUAUUGUGGUCUGAACAUGGCCGGUCAUAUCUGAGAAGCCCCCACCCCCCCACCCCACCCCCCACUGGACACUUUCUGUGAUGAAGUGGAAACAAGGACUGUGGCAACACUAGAGAAAGACCACUUGGCCUUUACGCGUGUUUUUUUUUGUACGUGUGUGUGUGCGUGCGUGCGCAUGUGUGAGUAUAUGUGUGAUUAGGUGUGCUUGGAAGUGCGGGUGUCAAGUUGCACACGAGUAUACUGUACAAUACGGCUUCCGCUAUUUGCCACCGUGGAGAGUUAACGCAUGAACUGAACAGUGACAAGGAGCAAAUAUAUCUGAAACAAUUACGCUAUAUUCUGUGGACAACUGUUAAACCUUUUUUAUUGAAUCCAAAAAAUGAACUUUGGAAGAACCUACAUAUAUAUAUAAAAUUAUAUAUAUAUGCUUCAUGCAGAAACAGAGACACCUUGACGGACACCUUACUUUCUACUUACUAUUAUCUGGAUUUAGAAAUAAUGCAUUUUCUUGGUUUAAUUUUUUGACAACCUGCCCAAUGUAUUUAUUUGUACCUCACCUGUUAACCCCCAUCCAGCCCCCCCUCACCCCACCAAAACCCAGAUGGACUGUAGGCCAUAUGGGGGAAAUGGACUUGGAACAAUCAGAGGGAAGAGAAGCUCUCAAGAGGAUUUGCCCAAUAAAUUGAUAAUUAUUAAACAAAAAGAAAUUGCAUAUUAAUUGGAUAUUGUAUUUUUGUUGUUGUUCUAAACAGCCUGUACAUGUUUUGUAACAAAAAUAUCAUAAAUAACAAAAGAAAAAAAUGGUGUUUUGACAAAAAUGGAAGUACUGUUGUGAAAUGUUUGAUUCAGAGUGAAAUUAACAGAAAGCAAAGAAAGAGGCGAGAGAAAGGAAGGAAGUUAGGAGGUGUAGAAGAAGAUAUUUACAUCACUCAUGGUUUAAAUUUUGGUAUUGACGUGUUGCCAUUUUGCCCUCCGUCCAUUGCUGUUUGAGUGUACGUGUAGGUGUGUCCAAUUGUCUGUGCGUGCGUGCCACCUGAAACGACUAUUAAGCUUCCAAAUCCAUUCUCAUUCUAAACAAACAUAGCAUUUGUGAGGCCCUGAGCUGUCACAAAUUGUCUUCCAGUACAUUGCAUUCAACUUUAAACUUCCUGCUAACCACCAAAAUGCAUCUCCCUGGUUUACCAUACAUUUUUUGUAAGUAUUUACCAUCACAUCCAACAAUAGAAUCCUCCCAACCCAUCCUACAUAGGACUGUUAAGGAGCCAUUAGGUGGAAGGUCCAUGAAUGAUGUAGCCUACCUGCCAAUCAUUUCAAUCACAUACGAUGUGGCUCCCUCAUCAGAGAAUCAGACCUGUCAGAAGAGGAAACAUAUUGGUCUGGUCUUUUUUUCUGUCAGGUUGAUUAAUGCAGCAGCCAAUCUGGCAUUGGGAGGAUACGCGCAUGCAGCGAGUGCAGACAUACGGCGUGCUGACCUAUCAUUAUCUCUCUUCAUUUCCUGUCUGGCCUGCAAUCAUCCUGUCUCAGCUCGGGCUGCUGCAUGAUUAGUACAGUGCAGGAUCAACAGCCGCGGCACGCUGACAGACACACAAAAUCUGCAGGCCCCCUCGUCCUAAAUGAUCGCAGCUGCAUCACGGAGACCAGACUCUUUAGGCUUCUCUCUGAGGGGUGUUUGAAGGUAGCGGAUUAAAAGAUGAGGCUGUGAGCUUCCAGUGAGACUCCAUAUUGUUUGGGUUGGAGCUGAUCAAUGCAAUAUGUGAAAUAUGAUUAAGUUAGGUGUGUAAUGACAGUGUGGUGUUUGUGUCUUCCCAUAUUACUUUAUAGUCAGCCUCUCUUUAAGUCCCUUCAAAAGUCAUGGAGGAUAUUAUGCAAACCCACAAUGUGUUCCCCACUUUGUAAUAUUUCAUCUUAUUCAACAUACAGACUUUAUCACUCCUCCUAGAACACUCCAUAAAGGUCUUACUAACCUGCAACAGUUGUAGGGCACAACCAAGUAGUAAUCUAACUGUUGUGAUCUCAAACUAUACAGGAAAUAAGUCACAUAUUUCUUUAUUUUUUUCAUCAAAGUGUCAAUUCAGAUGUUCGAAACAACACCAUGCUCAGAAAGCGUUGAAAGUGCCUGUUACAUGAACAAAACAUUUUUUUUUAACAUGCUCUACAGAACUAGUUUGUUUACCUCCAAAGAAAACUGCAUUUUGAUUAGAAAACAGUGACUCUGUUUGCAUUUAGAGAUGACUAAAAAGAGCAGAUUUAAUGCAAUCAGAAGCUCACUUUUACCCGCUCUCACAGGAAUAUACAUUCACUUUUCCCUGCACUCAGCUCAAUUAUUUAAUCAGUCGAUAAGUCCCGCUGUUACAAAGUUGCAUAUGACACCAAAAAAAGACACCGUUGAUGAGCAUAAAAAUAAAGAAGGGUGGGGAAGGGGGGGGGGCAUAUGGGGAGCUAAACACAAUCAGAUGGCAGACAUUCCCACUCUUGAAAAAUGGCAGUGCUUUGGAGCUUGCAUGAACUAUUGAUGAGGUGCACAUGGCGCACUGGGGUCUGGAUUUGUGUUCACCAAAGUCAACCAGCCGUGAGUGAUGAGCUCGACUGACACUGUUGCACAUUCUAAAACGAUUAAACUGCCACCACAUCAACAGCGAACCAUUUAUCUCCUUAGUGGAUUUUUAACACGUCCAUGGGUGUGUUUAAUUUUCGACAUUCACAGGAACGCACUCUUGUGUGUUUUGUGUGUUCAUCCUUCUGCUGAAAUGAAGAUGGACCGUUACGUUUGUGUGUAUGUGUGGGCGUGUAUGUGUGUGUGCGCACAAGUGUGUGCGAAAUAAAAAGGAUUGCGAUUUUAUACAGAAAUACUUUGAUCCACAGAGUUCAGGCUUUGUCAGAUGUGGUCACCUCUACAGUAUGUGUGCCAAUAAGAUUCAAACCAUCCCAACAUUCCUUUCCACCUUUCUUCCCCAAUUUUAGAUCCUCCACAGAUCAUACAACUAAUAUACAGCAUCCUGCACCCCCCCUCCCCCAAAAAACCCCUUAACUUACACAACCUAACUUUUUUUCAGUUGUCUGUUUUGAAUAAAUAUAUGCUUUUUUUGUCUUUUAUACUGUCUUCUAACAAGUUCACUCCACACAUGUUUUUUGUCAUUUUUUUUUUAAACCCCUCCUCUCCAUGCAAGGACGUUUUAGCGAGUACUGUACAUGUAUAGUGAAGUGGGAAGUGGGCGGGGUUAAGAUGAGAAAUGCAAUUGUUAAUUCCCCUUUGAAAAGCAUUAAGAUGUAUUUAAUGGUGCAGACAUACACAACAAAUUACUAAAAAAAUGAUGCAUUCUUGUAGAAAUAUUUUUAAAAGACCCUUUUGCAAUUAAAUUAUUUAAGAAAUGUGA